AUGCAGGCUCCACGCCCUGUCACUACGCCCAGCACUGCCAGGAAACAGUAUCAGCCUACGGGCAAUGCAACAUCAAUAUCCCAGCAACCGUUGGGCACCCCCACCAGUCAGAAGCGAACCCACCAGGCGGGCAGGUCGGCCGCCAAGGAGAAUUGUCCGGCACGAGUGGGUCAGCGAUCCAGCAAGAAUUACCCGGCACCGCAACCGCCUCUGCCAGCGCGCAGGCAGGUGGCCAACAAUGAUCUCACCAAUGGAGGAGCCAGCAAGGCCACUCCUCUGGCCCAGCGCCGUCAGCUGCCGGCUACGCCCAAGCUAAGCCUGAAGCAACAGCGCAACGGGUGCACUCACAAUGGAGAGGGAGCUGGCUCCUCGACUGGGUCCAGUGAUUCCCACGACUCUCCGCGCCUCAAGAAGGCCUUUUCGAACAAGUUCCCCCAGGGAUUGCCCUUCGAGGAGGAGUUCUACGGUCGCAAUCGCUCCUACUCGCAAUCCUCCAGCAACUAUAGUUUCUACAGCUCCGUGGGUGCGCCUACCACUCCCCACGAUGAUGACGAUGACGACAGGGAUGUGGUACAGAAUGGACGUGCCCACUGUGAUGAGGAUGAUGAGUUCCAAAGGAAGCCAGCCACUGACGAGUCACUCUACGUGGACUUCUCGAAAAUGGUGCACAGCCACCAGCAGCGUCAGUAUGUGCCGGCUAGCUCCUGGAUAAGAGCCUCCCCGGAUGAGGAUGAGCUGAUCAGGACCAAGACAACAAGUCAGUUAACCCCUGCCCAGCAGCGAAGGAGGAACAGCAAGUAUGCCCGCUCCAUGCACGAGUAUUUGUACAGCGAUGAGACAGAACAGGCGAGGACCAAGCAUCGUCUCUCCGUGGUGGAUGAACCAGAGGAUGGCUACUACAGCUAUGCUGCGGGAACGCCAGAGCCACACCCUUCGCCACCGCCUACGCCCAGGACGGACAUCUAUGUGGCCGCAGCCUCGUGGGCGCCCAAGCCGCUCUAUCCCGACCGCGUGCUGUUGCCCCCGGCGGAUGGUAACAACAAUCACCAGAAGCACCACCACCAGCACCAGCAACAGCAGCGUCGUCGUCCAGAGCACUUGGGGUCCACGACGUGUGAGUAUAAUUUCGAUGACAGCAUCUCAUCCCGCCGACGCAAGGAGCGCUCGAAGCGGUCGCAUCGCAAGUCGCCAGCCUCGAGCCGGCGGCAGCAUAAGUACCGAUAUCGGGACGAGGCCUCCCAUUCGAGCUCCCGUCGGAGGCACCGCGACCGCCCCAAGGACGAGCGCGACAGUGGCCGCCAGAAUCGUCAGUCGCAGGCUAAGCGUUAUCUGGAGAAGUCCCAGCAGGUGGCCGAUCACUUCGAGAGCUCCCAGAUUCCCUGCUACAUCAAGAUGCGUGAGCUGCCGGCGCCACCGUGCGUCGAUCACUGCCGGGAUCUGAUCUUGGCUAGCUGUCCGCUGCGCUUUAUGCCAUACACCGAGGACUGGAUAGUGGUCGAGUACUUUGCAGAUCAUGAUAGCGAUUAUCUAUUUAGCCCCGCCAAGAUUCAGUUCUUUCGGCAGUUGGAGCAGAAGCUCAUCAUCCGGCAUGCGGCGAAAACGGCGAAUGGCUUUGGCCUGGAAACGGAGCUGGAGCAGCUGCAGGAGGAGGAGGAGCAGUCUGAUGAGGAGUGUGUACCCAUCACCCGUUGCCUGCUACUGAAGCGGCAGCGUAAUCACUUCGAUCUGGUGGCUAUCUGUGAUAUGCCCUGUGAUAAGUAUGCCGGCGAUAAUUGGAUCGUUGAGGAGUACUUUGUGGACCACAAUGACGAUUAUCUACACUAA